ACCAGAGGUUACAGAAGGAGGACGUGAUUAAGAAUUAAAAGUCAACACCUCUGGAAUGAGGAUCAUAUUGGACUACAUCCACCCUGGCUUGGACAUAUUUGUUUAUUUUGUCAACACACCAGUGGCAGCAUCAAAAAUAGAGAGCUGAAGUUCACCUCAGGAUAUGAAAGUAGUUUAAUAUGUAUGUAGUAUGUGUGUAGGUUAAGAAACUGUAGUGAUGAUGAAGCUAUUGUCUUUCAAAUCCACCUUAGACCUGUUGUUGCUGUUUGUCUGCUUGAGUGUGCUUCGGAAUGCCACAACAGGCAGUGAAACAGUAUCAGCCACACCACAAUCUACUAAUAUAUCAACAAAACCACCCCCACAAAAUGUUGAUAAAGUUGACGUGGUGACACAGAACAAAACCAGUAUAACUCUGAGAUGGAACAAGGUUUACAACUUCUCAACAUACAUCCUUAAAUAUGACAGAGAGAAGGAAGUCAAUGUGGAAGCAGAUUACGUGGUCUCCUCUCUGACUGCUGGGACUAAUUACAGUUUCACUCUCUUCACUGUGUCUGGGGAACGCCGAAGCGCUGGAUAUUCGUUUUUUGCUGAGACAGCCCCAGAAAAUGUUGAUAAAGUUAAAGUGGUGACACAGAACAAAACCAGUAUAACUCUGAGCUGGACCAAGGUUAAGGACAUCUCAACAUACAGCCUAGGAUACGAUGGGACAUCGACGAAUGUCACCACAGAUCAUGAAGACCGAUCGGUACAAUAUGUGGUUUCUCCUCUGACUGCUGGGACAGAAUACAAUUUUACUCUCUUCACUGUGUUCGGUGGUGUUCGCAGCAGUGGACGCUCUGUUUCUGCUGUGACAGCCCCAGAAAAUGUUGGUGAAGUUGAAGUGAAAGAUCAGAAUGAAACCAGUAUAAUUCUGAGAUUGGACAAGGUUAAGGACAUCUCAACAUACAUCCUAGAAUAUGAUGGCAAGAAGAUGGAUGUCAAUGCAGAACCGGAACAGAAAUCAGUACAAUACGUGGUCUCUCCUCUGAGCUCUGGGACUAAUUACAGUUUCAUUCUCUACACUGUGUCUGGGGAACUUAACAGCACUGGAUACUCAUUUUUUGCUGUGACAGCCCCAGAAAAUGUUAAUGAAGUUGUAGUGAAAGAUCAGAACGAAACCAGUAUAACUCUGAGAUGGGACAAGGUUAAGGACAUCUCAACAUACAUCCUAGGAUACGAUGGGACAUCGACGAAUGUCACCGCAGAUCAUGAAGACCGAUCGGUACAAUAUGUGGUUUCUCCUCUGACUGCUGGGACAGAAUACAAUUUUACUGUCUUCACUGUGUUCGGUGGUGUUCACAGCAGUGGACGCUCUGUUUCUGCUGUGACAGCCCCAGAAAAUGUUAAUGAAGUUGUAGUGAAAGAUCAGAAUGAAACCAGUAUAACUCUGAGUUGGACCAAGGUUAAGGACAUCUCAACAUACAUCCUAGAAUAUGAUGGGACAUCGACGAAUGUCACCGCAGAUCAUGAAGACCGAUCGGUACAAUAUGUGGUUUCUCCUCUGACUGCUGGGACAGAAUACAAUUUUACUGUCUUCACUGUGUUCGGUGGUGUUCACAGCAGUGGACGCUCUGUUUCUGCUGUGACAGCCCCAGAAAAUGUUAAUGAAGUUGUAGUGAAAGAUCAGAAUGAAACCAGUAUAACUCUGAGUUGGACCAAGGUUAAGGACAUCUCAACAUACAUCCUAGAAUAUGAUGGGACAUCGACAAAUGUCACCGCAGAUCAUGAAGACCGAUCGGUACAAUAUGUGGUUUCUCCUCUGACUGCUGGGACAAAAUACAAUUUUACUGUCUUCACUGUGUUCGGUGGUGUUCGCAGCAGUGGACGCUCUGUUUCUGCUGUGACAGCCCCAGAAAAUGUUGAAAAAGUUGAAGUGAAAGAUCAGAACGAAACCAGUAUAACUCUGAGUUGGACCAAGGUUAAGGACAUCUCAACAUACAUCCUAGGAUAUGAUGGGACAUCGACAAAUGUCACCGCAGAUCAUGAAGACCGAUCGGUACAAUAUGUGGUUUCUCCUCUGACUGCUGGGACAAAAUACAGUUUUACUCUCUUCACUGUGUUCGGUGGUGUUCACAGCAGUGGACGCUCUGUUUCUGCUGUGACAGCCCCAGAAAAUGUUGAUAAAGUUGAAGUGAAAGAUCAGAACGAAACCAGUAUAACUCUGAGUUGGGUCAAGGUUAAGGACAUCUCAACAUACAUCCUAGGAUACGAUGGGACAUCGACAAAUGUCAACGCAGAUCAUGAAGACCGAUUGGUACAAUAUGUGGUUUCUCCUCUGACUGCUGGGACAAAAUACAAUUUUACUGUCUUCACCGUGUUUGAGAGAGUCAACAGCACUGGACGCUCUUUUUCUGCUGUGACAGUUCCUACAAAGGUAUCUUCAGUCAAUGUGACUGAACGCUCUGCAACCUACCUAACUCUUCAGUGGGAGAGUCUCAAUGACGCCUGGGAAUACGAAAUUGCAAUUAAUGCUAGUGGUGCAUCUAAUACUUCGAUUAAAUCUUCAAAUAUCAUGUCAUAUUUAGCCUCAAAUCUCCAUCCUGGAACACUUUACGCAUUCAGCGUGAUCACACAGUUCUCUGGAGUCAGCAGCAACGCCUAUGAAAGUAUCACAGUUACAACCAUAGAUUGUGCCAGCGUAAACUGGUUUGUUACCAACUCAUCAAUCCAGGGAACAGUUGAAGGCUUAUUCUCAAAUGCAACCGCCACCAAUAAAUCACACGUUUAUGUCAGUCCAGGAGGUGCAACUGUGUCAUUUACUGGACUCUACCCAGGUGCAACUUAUGUAAUAUCUCUUGAAUAUGAAAUAUCUUCCACAUCUUUGCCCCAGUGUCAACACAUCCUAACAAUCCUCCCUCCUCUUCUAACUGCUCACUGUGAGUUCUGGGGAUCUGGAUAUUCUGCCCGCAUUGUCUGGGAUAAACCAAAUGGUGUGUGGACAAGUGUGGAGUUAAAUGUGACCGGGAAAAAUCUCUUUGUUAGUGGACAAGCGGACCACCUUAUCAUUGAUGGACUCCAACCUGCAAAAAAAUACAAAGUGUCUUUGGCUUCAGUGUCUGGGACAGAAAGGAAAUCUGAACCAUUUGUUUUUUCCUGUCUUACUGAUCAAAGGGGAGUUAUUGCAGGGUCAUUUUUUGCCGUGUUGCUUUUUGGUCUCCUGGCCUGUGUGGUCGUCUUCAUUUUCCUUAAAAGACCAGAUAUUAUCAGAAGAAAAAAACCAUUCAUUGGUGGAUCCAAAAUACCAAGUGCAAAGGAGAAGGCUAUUUCUGCUGCUAACUUUCCUGACCACUUCAGUCAGUUGAGUGCAGAUGAAAACAGAGGUUUCAGCCAAGAAUAUGAGGAACUCGCGUCUGUCGGCACUGAUCAGACGCACAAAGUAGCUAUUCUGCCUGACAAUAAAGCGAAGAAUCGUUUCACCAACGUCCUGCCAUAUGACUGGUGUCGGGUGAAGCUAAAUACAUCAAGUCCCAGUGAGAUAUUAGACUAUAUAAAUGCCAGUUACAUGCCUGGCUACAACUGCAAAAGAGAGUACAUCGCUACACAAGGUCCCCUGCCUUCCACAGUCAAUGAUUUCUGGAGGAUGAUUUGGGAGCAGAGAGCGAAAGGCAUCGUCAUGGUAACCAACUGCACAGAAGCAGGGCGGACCAAGUGUGAACAAUACUGGCCUGAAGACCGCAAUCCGUGCUCCUAUGCAGAGCUGUUGGUCACCGUCAGGUCUGAGCAGCAGGAGCCCAGCUGGACACUAAGAGAGUUUGGUUUGAAAAAUAGAAAUACUUCAGAGGAGCGCACAGUAAAGCAUUUCCACUUCACUGCCUGGCCUGACCAUGGAGUCCCGCAGGACACCCAAGUCCUGAUCCAGUUUCGAGGACUGGUGAGACGGCACAUAGAGAGCAACGGGACUAAAGCACCAACUGUGGUUCACUGCAGUGCUGGUGUGGGGAGAACGGGCACUAUCAUCGCCUUGGAUGUGCUGCUUCAGCAGUUGGAGAACGAACAGGCAGUUGGCAUCAAUGGCUUUGUGCACAGGAUGAGACUGAACCGACCACACAUGGUGCAGACAGAGUCCCAGUACGUUUUCCUGCACCAGUGCAUCAUGGACAGUCUGCAGCCAAGCAUGAAGACUGAUGAGCACAUAUACGAGAACACAGACUUGAUAUAUGUCAACGCCACCGCCCUCCGAGAGCUUCGUUGAUAUAAGACACAUGCCUCGCUAGUGUCAGCCUGCACUCAGUCUUUAAUGCACUUAAUGACAAACUAUUUCUAACAUCGAGAUUCUGUUAUAUACCAAAUAUUAUAUACAUUUGCAGUAUGUGCAUAGCCCUUUUGAGAUUUAAUGUAACUUUAACAUAUUUGUCCCUCUCGUCUGCCAAGUGUGCUGUUAUAAUUAUUAUAGUAAAGAAACUACACUCCAGAUGACCACAGAAUGUUUUAAGAUUUGUCAAUAUUAAAUGUAGAAAAGAAUUGUUUGUACAGGAAAUAAAAUAUUUAGUUUUCAGGAAAAAAAAAA